GGGGUCAUGGCCGGCGCGGUGGUGCUGGAUGCGGCGCAGCGGGCAGCUAUCGGGACCCUGGACCCCGACUUCGGUGGCUUGCUGGACAUCAAGGAGGUGCCGCCGGAUGUGCAGGUGGCGUUGGCAGCAGCAAGGGUGAGGACAGUCGGCCGGUUUGCGGUGCUGGCGGACGACCGUGGCGGUAUCCGGGAUUUCUGCCGGAGGACACUCAACAUCGACCCAGAUGCGGCCGGCGGAGACGUGAACAUCGCGGCGGUGGUCGACGCAUGGGAAGCAGCGAGGGUGCGGGUGGAAACGCGCAACAAGGUCGAGGCCGAGGCCACCGUGUCCAGCAUGCCCAAAGUGGUCUCACGAACAGAGCAUGCGGCGCUGCGGUCCAAGUACGAGGACACCUGCCAGAAAAUGGAGGACAGGGUCACACCGGCGCCCGGCACCCUCGAGAACCUGUUCGACCAGAUCGAGCAGGGCGAGUGGCGGUUCAUGCACCUCACCGAGUUCGUCAGCAGGGAGGACGCGGAUGUGGCACCAGUCGGAGCGGUCAUCGACCACAGCACGGGCACGAUCAAGGUGAAGAAGGGGGCGGUGCAGAACUCGCGGCCAUCGGGACCGGAAGAGCUGCGGGUAAGGUUGGAUCUCAUGGCCAACGCCAUCCUGAUGUGCGCAUUUCGUUACCCGAACAAGGCGGCAUUCCAGCAGAUCACGCCCAACAUCUUCAGUCGCUACGCCAACCACCUUCUGGGGGAGCACGUCUUCGGUCUAAGGGCCAAGGACGACAAGGGCCGCAGCAUGGCGCAGCCCUCCUUCGAGCUGCUGCUAUCCUACGAGUACCAGAUCCGCAAGGCCGCCAUCAAGAAGGUCAACAAAGGGCACAGCUGGGUGGACUCUCUGGAGGAGGCCAUGGUGGACCCCCUGGUGAAGGAGCGCUUCCUGACCACUCCACUGGCGUGCAACAGCUGGGUGACCGCCAAGAGCAGGCAGAUCUGCUACAAGUACAACAAUCCGCAAGAGAGGUGCCGGGGCCCAUGCAGACCGCAGGUAGCCCCGGCUGGGCAAGAGGAGCCGGGGCGCACCUUCAACGUGCUGUACCUCUUCAGCGGCGAGGAAAGGAAGUCAUCGACGGGCAGCCAACUGCGAGAGAUGGCUUCGAAAGCGGGCUACAAGGUGCUCUUGGAAGAGUGGGACAUUCUCAGGAACCCGGACCACGACCUCACGGACGAGGGCAAGCGGCAGGGUGUCCUGGAGCAGAUCAAGGGGGGCAAGUACGCGGUGAUCAUUGUCACCCCUCCUUGUGGCACGUGGUCGCGCGUGACUUGGGCCAAUCACUUCGGACCCAAGCCAGUACGAGACGAAACAAGGCCUUGGGGGUACCCAUGGCUCUCAGAGAAGCUGCAGAAGCGGGCGGAUGAAGGUAACAUCAUGAUCGUUUUGUUCAUCGACAUCCUGAUGUUGUUGGGCACUACGUGGUGCGACCUGUCGGGUAAAUGGGCGCGUCCUGCAUCCAUUUGGAAGCUGCCGGACCUCCGGAACGCAGCGGAGAAGCUCGAGGGCAUGCAGUCCAUCGCUCUGCACCAGUGCAACUGGGGGGCCCCAACCCCCAAGCCAACGCGCUUGCUGACAGACCUCCCGCUGCACGCCAGUUUCCUCUAUAACCAGUGGCCCCAACUGGACGGCCAGGGGAGAUACCUGGGCCCGCUGCCGAGGCAUUGCGGCCACAACCACAAGUACGGUCUGGCCAAACAGCACCCGGAGGAAGCCUUCCGGACCCCGGCAGCAUCAACCUACCCCGCAGACAUGGACACGGCCCUGGCAGCGGCUAUCAAUCAGGCGUUGCUGGAGGCACCACAUCUCACCAAGCCCCCUGCGGAAGGGGUGGAAGGGCUUGUCGAGAAGGAGGCGCUCGAGAAGGAAACGAUCAAGGACUCCCCAAAGGGCAAGGUCGCCUGGGACAUCAAGAAGGCAACGAUCAAGGACUCCCCAAAGGGCAAGGUCGCCUGGGACACCAUGAAGGAGACGGACGGGGACAUCAAGGAGGGCAAGUUCGGUGGAGAAAAGGAUUUCGAGGUGAAGGGAUUUUGGGGAGUAGGGAGGCCUAUGCAGGCCUGCUACAAAGGCAAGAAGAGGGGCGUUCACGACGGAGGAGGACUCUGUUCACCGGGAAGAUGGAGAGUGGGGGCCAGGAACUUUCCCGAGGGCGCCCACUUUUGCGAGAUCAGGGAGAUCAUCACGAAGUUCUUCAAAGGUUGGCUGAGUCAGGAAAGAGGCCAGGAGACGUUCUGGCAGAUGGCGGCGGGCAGGCUCACCGGCUCGCCGUUCGGAAAAUUUGUGGACGGCUGCCGGAGGGAGGUGGACGUCAAGCUGGCCUCUCUGGGGUGCGAGAUCCACUACAGGAGGAUGGAGGCCCUGCUGAGAGUUGCGGAGGACCCCGAUCACCAGUUCCUCAUCCCCUUGGUGGAAACGGGGGUGGACCUGGGUGUGGACGAAGAGAUGCCCCGGGUGCCUGCGGUCUUCGAAGCCAAGGUGAAGUGGAAUCUCGAAGAGGUGGAUGGCCCCUUCAAGGAGGUCUGGUGCGAGAACUACGGCUCGGCGGUGGACAACAUGGAGGACAUUCGGCGGCAGGUGGAGGAAGACAUCGAGAGGGGCCACGUGAUCCGGAUGGACAAGCAGGCGGCGGGGGAAAGAUUCGGAGGCAGAUUAGCGGUGGCCUCUCUGGGGGCGGUCCCCAAGGAGUUGGGGUCAUCAAAGGUGAGGAUCAUUCACGACGCAACCCACGAGGUGAUGAUCAACCACCGGAUUCGGGUGAGGGACCGCAUGAGGUUCCCGGGGGUGGACGACUUGGAGGCGAUGGUCAGGCAGAUGAAGGCGGACCAGGCAGCGAACCCGGCAGUCAGGUUGCUCAUGAAGUACGAUGUCAGCCGUGCACACAAGUUGGUGCCCGUCAAGGAGCAGGACUGGCCACUCAUGGCCUUCAGCUUGGAGAGGCCGGAAGAGGUCUUCAUGCACACGGUGGGGGCCUUCGGUUUCGGGUCGGCAGCCUACUGGUGGCAGAGGGUGGCAGCGGCAGUCACCAGGUUGGCACACUACAUGUCGGCCGGAGCCUACGAGCUCUAUCACCUGCUAUUUGCUGACGAUGGGCUCCUCGGGGCUCACGGUGCGGACUGCUGGAGGCGGAUCCUCUACUGGUUCUUCGUGAUGGACGUGGUGGAGGUGCCGAUCACAUGGAAGAAGGUGGCUGGAGGGGCCAGGCUAGGCUGGAUCGGCUACGAGGCCGACAUUCAGCACUACCUCAAGGGCAUAGGGGACAGCAAGGUAGCGUGGGUCCUCGGCUGGAUAAAGGAGGUCAAGGACGAGGGCAGCAUCCUGGGCAGCCGGAUGAGAUCAGCGCUGGGGCGGCUUUCGUUCGUGGCGGGCGCGCUGGUGCAGGUACGCCCCUUCCUGGGGGUGAUCUUCGCGUGGACCUCUAGGCUUCAGCCGGGAGGUUUUCAUCAGGUGCCGAUGGCGGUGCAGAUCGUGCUGGAGUUCAUCAAAGUGGAGAUCACUCGGCGUCCUCUGACGGAGCCGCGGCCGCUGCCAAAGAAGGUGGGCGAACUCUUUCGGGUGGACGCCAAGGCGGAGGGAGAUCUGGUGGUGGUCGGAGGAUGGGAGUCCUUCGGAGGUCGCGCCACCACGGAGGGCGAGCCGUUCCGCGUGAUAGCUAGCCUGGAGCUGAUCGCGACCACCGUAGCUGUUUGCAUCUUCGGGCCCGGAUCGCAGUGGAGGGAUUCGGCGGGCGAGCUCGUGGUGCAAGGGUUCACUGACAGUCUGGUCAACACGCACGUCAUCGACCACUACAUGAGCACGGCGUUCCCUCUCUCGGUGGUGCUGAUGGAGUUAGCAGUUCAGCUGGGCGAGUUGGGCACUGCCCUUCAGCUCGGGUGGACGCCUCGGGAACAGAACGAAGAAGCAGACGCGCUCACCAACCUGGACUUCACCCUCUUCAACCCGGAGCUGGAGCUGGACGAGGUGGGCUUCAAAGUGAUUCCGAAGAUCAUGGAGGCGGCCACUCAGCUGGACUCGGAGAUCAGGCUCGAGAAGGAUAAGAAGAAGAAGGGCAUGGAACACCACGACAAGAACUCGGCCAAGAAGCCCAAGAAGGCGGAGAUGAGAUGGCUGCUCAACCCGGAGAGCCCGGAGUUUGAGUACGCCAGGACCCACGGCAUGCAGCAGCUGGCGCUGGUCACGGGUUUCACCCUAAAGAAGUCCGAGCAGCGCUGCGGGGUGUGUGGUGCCAUUGGCCACCUGGGCCGGGACCACGAGAACCCCCGGGCCAAGCUUUCCGCACGUGGGGAGUUGCGCCCCGAAAGCUCGGCUGGGUCUUGCGCGGGACAUAUCUGGUGGGUCAGUUGGUUGGCAGAAUGGCAGCAGUCGAUGGAUGGUUGUAAUAAGAUAUUUGUACAUGCGCCAAGCCCAACUUUGGUUUCUUCGGACGUUGUUCGUGCUUCGCGUGGCUUUUGGACGGGUUUGUUUGAUGAACCCGUUGAGCAAAGGAAUCGCAUGCCGGCGCAUCAUCGACACAAUUUACCUCAUGUGACCUACAUUUCUGGGAUUUCUAGUCCGUGUCGCAUGACACGGGCCAAGGCACAGAUUUGA